AUGUCGAUUGCUUGCCUUGUGAUAGUUGCAGUAGGCUUACUGAAACUCAUCUCGCGCCUCCUGGCAAAAUCUCCUCUAGACAAGUUACGUGGUCCGGCUCGGACGUCCAUUUUGAGAGGACACCUGGAUGAGCUGAACAGCAUUGAUGGGUGGGAUUUUCAUCAGCGUUUCAACGAGGAAUACCCAGGAAUUGCGCAGAUCUGGGGCCCAUUUGCUAGUCGAUACGUUUACGUGUCUGACCCCCUGGCGAUGUACCACAUCAUGGUCAAGGUCCUCAGCUCGUCGUCUGCCUUGUCGUACUUCUGCGCCUCUGCUGACAACGAACACAGACUGAGCGCACUUGUAUUCGGUCGUGGACUGCUUUCGACCUUCGGUCACGACCACAAACGCCAGCGCAAGCUGAUGAACCCCGUCUUCUCCAUGGCACAUAUGAAGUACAUGGUCCCUCAAUUCUACGAUGUGUGUCAUCAGUUAUGCGAUGUACUGACGACCCAAGUGGCUGAAGGAGAACGUGAAAUCGACAUUUUGGUCUGGAUGACGAGAACUGCGAUGGAACUCAUCGGCAGGGCUGGCCUUGGGUACUCUUUUGACCCAUUAACUGAGAAUAGCGACAACCAUUACGCCAGUGCUAUUAAGGCUCUUGUCCCCGUUCUUGCAGAAUCUGGCCGGCUACGGGAAUUGGUGCCCUAUUUUACUGCGUUCAAUGUCCCUUCAGUCUUCAAAAGCCUACUUCCUUACGUGCCCAUCAAGCGUGUUCAGCGUUUACGCGACGUGGCCGAAGCUUUGGAUAAGGCGAGCCACGAGGUGUAUGAGGCGAAGAAGGCAGCACUGCAAAGGGGCGACGAAGCUGUCAUGCAGCAGGUUGGAAGGGGCAAGGAUAUCAUGUCCAUUCUUCUGAAGGCUAAUCUUGAAGCGAACGAAGAAGAUCAACUACCCGAGUCGGAUGUCAUUGCUCAAAUGUCGACUCUAGUCUUUGCUGCCACUGACACGACCACAAACGCGCUGUCUCGCAUCCUAUAUCUGCUCUCGGAGAAUCCCGACGUGCAGCACAAGCUGCGUGACGAGAUUCUAGAAGCUCGGAAUUCUCAGGGUCAUGAGCUCAUGUACGAUGAGCUUGACGCUCUACCAUACAUGGAUGCGGUGAUCAGGGAGACUCUCAGAUUGUACCCUCCUGUCCCGAUCUUAUUCCGCACGGCGACGAAGGACAUGAUCCUCCCUCUUCUCAAGCCAGUCACGGGUGCUGACGGGUCUCAAAUACGCGAAUGUGCCAUCCCUCGCGGGACGACUGUUGUCGUCAGUCUUAGGAACAUCAACCUGUCCAAGGAUUACUGGGGUGAUGACGCGCUGACGUGGAAUCCCGAGAGGUUCCUCAAGCCUCUGCCCGCCGAGCUGCUCGAAGCUCAUGUGCCUGGUAUCUACUCUAACAUGAUGACUUUCAGCGGUGGAGGGUUCUCAUGCAUAGGCUUCAAGUUCUCCCUACUUGAAAUGAAGGUGGUGCUUGCUCUGUUGCUCGAACGCUUCACAUUCUCUUUGCCGAAGGCAGAGAUCAAGUGGAACAUGGGCGGCAUCGUGGUGCGUAGUCAUGCUCGUGUCAAGGGCCUGUCCAGAUGCUUACGAGGCUAUGCCCUAGUUCCCGUCCGUUGUUGGAACCAAGGGUGCUCAUAUGCCUCUACGCAUGUCGCUAUUGAAGCCCAAUGA